AUGCAUCCGGACGAGACCAUGACCACAGAAGUUGCCUUUGCUCUGCAGCUUUUGACAGUGAGUGAGAUGUUGGCGCAUUCCCCGGGUGUGAACUGUCAUCGAGGGGCAUCUUUCUCGUCUAACCUUCAGAGAGGAGGUCAGGACUGGGUCUCUGGAAUCGUUGAGGAGAGAGGCUUUGGAGAGAAGAGAGGUGAUGCGUUUAAAGUCCAGUUGGAUUUCAUGUGGACCAAAGCAGAAGCUGCCCGGAUGAUAUUGAUCCCCAGCACUCAGCAGCGCAAACGCCCUUGGCACCCACGGCAUUCGGAAUCUGCUCGCAGCCCAACUGCCUCGCUAAGGAUGCUCCAUCUAAAAGUGCAGUUUUUGGAUGAUUCCCAGAAGAUUUUUGUGGUUGAUCAAAAAUCAUCCGGAAAGGCGCUCUUUAACCUGAGCUGCAGCCACCUUAAUCUUUCGGAAAAGGAAUAUUUUGGAUUAGAAUUCUGCAGUCAUUCUGGAAAUAAUGUUUGGCUGGAACUGCUGAAGCCCAUAACAAAGCAAGUAAAAAUGGACCCUGGACACCUUCGGGAAGAACUCACAAGGUAUCUUUUCACUCUUCAAAUCAAGAAGGACUUGGCUCUGGGAAGGCUCCCAUGCAGUGACAACUGUACAGCAUUAAUGGUGUCGCACAUCUUACAAUCAGAACUAGGAGACUUUCAUGAAGAAACAGUUAGGAAGCAUCUGGUACAAACCCAGUAUUUCCCAAGCCAAGACUGUUUAGAGAGCAAGAUCAUGCACUUUCACCAACAGCACGUGGGCCGGAGCCCAGCUGAAUCAGACAUUCUGCUACUGGACAUAGCUAGGAAAUUGGAUAUGUAUGGCAUCAGACCUCAGCCUGCCAGCGACGGCGAAGGGAUGCAGAUCCACCUGGCUGUUACUCACAUGGGAGUACUGGUGUUACGGGGAAAUACAAAGAUUAAUACUUUCAACUGGGCUAAGAUUCGCAAGCUGAGUUUUAAGAGAAAACAUUUUCUCAUCAAACUUCAUGCUAAUAUUUUGGUGUUGUACAAAGACACUUUGGAGUUUACCAUGGCUAACCGAGAUGCGUGCAAGGCUUUCUGGAAGACUUGUGUGGAGUACCAUGCUUUCUUCAGGCUUUCCGAAGAGCCCAAGUCAAAGCCCAAGACCCUUCUCUGCAGCAAGGGCUCCAGUUUCCGCUACAGUGGAAGAACUCAAAGGCAACUUUUGGAGUAUGGGAAAAAAGGGAGGUUAAAGAGCCUGCCGUUUGAAAGGAAACAGUACCCAUCUCAGUAUCACGAGCGACAGUGCAGGUCAUCACCAGACAUUCUCUCCGACGUGUCCAAACAAGUGGAAGACCUGAGACUUCCCUAUGGCAGCGGCUACUACCGAAACGCGGAUGGAACACACACAUCUGAGCCUAUGCUAGACAAGAGGAGGAGGAACUCGGCGGUAGAGGUGACAUUUGCAGCCGAGCUGGAGAGAUCCAAACCAGAGGCAGAUCCCACACCGCUCCAUCCAUCCCAAAGCAGUUCCUCUUUCACCUUUGUUUAUGCAGAUCCUGUCUUCAACACUGACCCGGAUCCCAUAGACUUUUUUGAGGAACGGAGCCCUCUAAGCUCCUUCCAGACAGGCUCGAAGUGUGUGGACAAUCACAUAAGCACAUCUCCUGCUUUCCCCAGCAAAGUGAGUCCAGCAAGGCAGCUCACAUACACCGAUGUGCCCUAUAUUCCUUGUACUAGCCAGCAGGUUGAUAUCAUGCCUCCUCAAGUCUUUUUUUACGUGGACAAGCCACCCCAGGUACCCAGGCGGUCUCCAAUCAUGGCAGAAGAAAAUGUCAGAUCAGACAGCUAUCUAGAUCCCAGUGCAGUAAAACCAGUCAAGAGGAGCCCCAGGAAUAGCAGGAUAAAAAGUUUACAGCAAGACCUUCAAGAAGCUAUGGCUAGAACUUGUGGGAGGAGCAAUAUCAGUGUAGACCUAGGGGAGGAAGAUUCACAUUUGGAUGAUGCUUUUCCAUAUAACCUUAAAGAGCAAACUCCUAAACGAUCUCAGAGCCAUUCAGACAUGAAAACUAUCCGUUUUCCUUUUGGGUCAGAAUUUAGACCUUUAGGGCCUUGUCCUGCUUUGACUCGUAAAACAGAACCCUUUACCUGUACAUUUGCAGAGCAGGAGUUCCCCACGGUUGUAAUGGAUCAGAGCUCGGCAGAAAGAUACGUAGUUAGUGAGUCCAGUGAUUCAGAAUCGGAGAUUCUGAAACCAGACUACUACUCUUUGUAUGGCAAAGGCACAAAGUCACCUAGGGCCCGAAUCCGCUUGUCGUCUGGUAGUCUACAGCUAGAUGAAGAAGAAGAAGAUAUUUCUUUCACCAUGCCAGAUGCUGAAGAUAGGACUUUGCUGAAGCCAUGCAACUAUUUCUUAGCUUAA